AAAACAAAGUGAAGAAAUGGGCAGACCACCUUGCUGUGACAAACUGGGUGUGAAAAAGGGUCCAUGGACACCGGAAGAAGAUAUCAUACUGGUCUCUUACAUCCAAGAACACGGUCCUGGAAACUGGAGAUCGAUUCCCACUAACACAGGCUUGCUUAGGUGCAGCAAGAGUUGCAGGCUUCGAUGGACUAAUUAUCUCAGGCCGGGCAUCAAGCGUGGAAGCUUCACAGAGCAAGAAGAGAAGACGAUUAUCCAUCUCCAAGCUCUUCUGGGAAACAGGUGGGCUGCCAUAGCUUCUUAUCUUCCUCAAAGGACAGAUAAUGAUAUAAAGAACUAUUGGAACAUCCACUUGAAGAAGAAGCUUAAAGGUGGUCAAAAUCAGGAUGGGGUUUUUUCGUUUCAAUCGGUCUCCAAGGGACAGUGGGAGAGGAGGCUUCAGACGGAUAUCCGAUUGGCUAAACAGGCGCUGUCCGAGGCGUUGUCGGUCGAUAAACCGACUCGUUCAACUGAUUUGAAGCCGUCGAACGAGUUGUAUGCGUCGAGCGUCGAGAAUAUAUCUCGAUUGCUCGAGAACUGGAUGAAAACCACGCCGAAACCAGUCACCGCCUGUUGCGACGGUGGUGAUAAUGGAACGAACUCGGCUGACACGGUGACUCAGGGUUCGUUCAUCAACGGCUCCUCCGGGACCAGCUCUAGUGGUGACGAAGGAGCGUUCAGUGGCGAAACGACACCGUUUAGUCAGGGGUUCGACUCGAUUUCCGGCUUCAACAAAUCGUGCAGUUCAUCGGAUAACGUUUCGCAUGAAUCUGUAUCGGUGGAGAAGCAGAAUGCAAAUUUGAUGACGCCUGAAAACGUAGUCGUUUUCCAAGAUGAAAGCAAGCCAAAUUUGGGGGAUCUGAUAGAGAAAUGGCUCUUAGAAGAUGGGCUGUUUUGAAAGAAAAAAAAUUAG